CUUCCAUUUUGCUGCUAGCGCUUAUCUUACAUCUUGAUGCCACUAUGGACACAUCGUCACAUCAGCCUGAUAUUCUUGCUAUCGCAAGGGAGCAGCUCGGCCUUCCGAAACACGUGAAGGACGCGUCUAUUCCCAAGUCCUAUCUCACAGCGCUUCGCCGGCAUCUAGAUAUAGAUCCUUAUGACACCAACUUUAGAGUCACGUUGCAGCCAAAGACAGGAUAUGGCGUGGUCACCUGCUUGGAGCAGGCUUGUGCUGCUAUCAAUAUCCAAUUGGGUGCCAGAUCUGGCCGCUCGGGUGGCAAAGCAGACGGUUUUGGUAGUUUGGCUAAUUACACGGUCCAUGCCAGUACACCGAAGCACAAACAAGCAAGACUUCUGCGCGUCAAAACCAUUCAUGCUGGAAAAGCGAUCAAGAAUGGAACACCAAACGUACUCACGUCAAACGUCGCCGUCGAUACAAAGCCGCCACGAGGUGGUUUGUUGGCACAGCUCGAUGCAAAUCUGAAUGUAGAUAGUCUCUCCAGCCCAAGUUCAUCUGCGCGACAAGCCCCAGUAAUGAAAGCGUUCGUGUCAUUGCCAUUGAGGCGUGGAACUGCUGAGACUGCCGUAAAGCCUGAGCCGGCUGAAACUGUCAUUCCUCGAAAGCGCACUUCCUCGUCUCUCGUGUUUCUUGGUGCGGAGAAUGAGGAAAACAAAUCUGGAGUUUCCACUCUCUCCGUAUCUAAGCGCACAACCAUUCAACCGCCCAAGGCGCCUGUCAAUUCCAACACGCAGCCUUCGCAAGGCCACAUUCCCGUACAGUUCGCAGAUCAAAAGGCUGUGCUUCCUGUGGCCCACCGACCAUCCUUGCACCGCAGUUCUGAUGGAACCCGUUUAAGGAUCAACAACAUUCAAAACGACCUUAACUCCCUAGCCAAGCUUUCUAAAUUGACGAAAGACAGAACCGUCAGUCAAGGACCUUCCACUAUGACUUCCCAAGUCCCUCGCUACAUCGGCGACAAUACUGGAUAUUCUUGUCCAACUCUUAAUCACCACCCUAUUGCAUCGGGAUCACGGGUCCGUCUCGACGUUGCUAUGGGGUUGGACACAGACUCGGAGGAGGAUUGGGAGCUGCCUGGUAUCUUCGGUGGUGCUGACACCGGUGACGCACGCUUUGACGAGGAUGGCGACUUCUACGGGAGGGGUAAAGACCUAUUUAUUGGACCGAUUGCGAACCCGGGCGAUAUUGACAAGUUUCUGAUCGCUGCUGGCAAUGCGGAGCAAUUCGAUGGUAAUGCCAGUGUCGACAAGGCCCUCAAAAAACUUGGAUUGAAAAGCCUGUACGAUCUCCUUCCAGGAAUGUCCAUUUCUUUGUUAGCUCACCAGGUUAUUGGCGUCGCAUGGGCGUUGGAACGCGAGAAAUGUGGCGACAAGGGAGGCUGUUUGAGCGAUGAGAUGGGCUUAGGGAAGACGGUGCAGAUAAUCUCGGUGAUCGUCGCCAACCCCUCCAAUGACCCUAUAUGCAAGACGAACCUUAUCGUCGCUCCGUUGGCCUUACUGGACCAAUGGAAGCUUGAGAUCGAGAUGAAGACCACCAACAAUUUGAAGUGUCUAGUUUACCAUGGCUCCAACAAACCUCGCAAAAAGACCGACUUGAUGAAAUACGACAUCGUAUUAACUACUUAUCAUACUCUUGCACUGGAAUGGCCAGAUCUGGAGGCGGAAGAAAAAGCCAAGCAGAAGGCUCAAAAGCGCAAGAAGCAGACCGAUUCCUUUAUCGAAAGCGAUUCGGGGGAUGAUAGGAAACAUAAGAAGAAAAAGAGAGAAUUUGGGCUUCUCUUUCAAGUCCAAUGGUACCGUGUUAUUCUCGAUGAGGCACAGAACAUUCGCAACCGGCGCACAAGAAUAUCUCGUAGCGUCACCGAUCUUGACACGACCUAUCGCUGGUGCCUCACAGGCACGCCCAUUAUCAACGGCCUAGUUGAUGCAUACGCGCUAUUUCGCUUCCUUCGCUUCCGUCCUUGGUACGAUUGGCAACAGUUUAAUGGACACGUCUCAAUCAUCGAGAAAAAGAAUCCUGAAUUGGCAAGCAAGAGACUCCAGGCUAUCUUCAUAUCAAUUAUGCUGCGUCGCAAGAAGGAUUCAAUGUUAGACGGCAAGAGACUCAUCGAACUUCCCACAAAACAUGUAGAAAUGGAGAAACUAGAGUUUUCCCAGGAGGAGCGCGAAAUAUACCAAAUGGUCGAAGCUCGCUCUCAAGCUAAAUUCAAUCGUUUUCUCCGCGCUGGCACUGUCUUGAAAAACUAUCAUCAAGUCCUUGUGAUGCUCUUGCGUCUUCGACAAGUGUGCUCCCAUCCCGCUCUUAUUCAAGAGACUUCCGAAGCCCUUGUUGCAGUAGAUCAGUUAGAUGGCGGGCAUGACCUUAAGGCUGAGUUGGCCCGCGCAGUUCGACUGGUGUCAUCAGAUUUUGUCACGAAGCUGAAAGCAAAAUAUUUCCAGUGCGCGAUGGCACGUAUACAGGCAGAAAAAGAGUCCCUGGAUGCCACUGCCGAUGGCGAGGAAUGCCCCAUCUGUAUGGAUACAUUCACCGAGGCCCGUGUGACGGCAUGCGGCCAUACCUUUUGUCGCGAGUGUAUUGCCAACGUCCUUAAUGCUCCCUUUGUCCAAGACGCAGAGGACCUUCGUAAAUACCGUAGUAAUGAGAAGCCUUGUCCUAGCUGUCGCGCACCCAUUUCUGCGGAUGCUAUUUUCAUUCGCGAAGCAUUUGAACCCACUGAUGCCGAGUUGUCUGGAGACGUGUCGACAUCUUCCGAUGAUGAGAUGCCCGAGAUAUCUGAUAUGAUACUCCGGGGAUCGAGGGGCAAAGGCGGGGCCAGGCGCAUUCAUAAGAAGCGUGCUGUGUAUGACUCGGAUGGUGAAUCCGAAAAUGACGACGACGACAUGAGUGAUUUUAUUGUCGAGGAUGGCGAGGAUGAAGAACAGAAAGAUGCCAGGCACGACAUCAAGAAACGUCUGAGAAAGCGCCGCGCGAUGGUCGUUGAGUCUGCUGAUGAACUUGACGCAGAUGAGAGAGAAGUGGUCAUAGGCCGGAGCCCCAGGAAGGUGCCUGGUUCCAUGGGUCAAGUCAAAAUGAUGUCGCGUUUCCUUCCUUCUACAAAGAUGAAUCACAUGAUGGAGCACCUAGAGAAGUGGGCCAAACAAAGUCCUGGCGACAAGACCAUAAUCAUAUCGCAGUGGACCGAAUGUCUCAAACUCGUCUCUGACUUCCUUGCAGAGAAGAAAGUACCCCAUGUGAAGUACCAAGGGUCGAUGAGUCGCAGUCAAAGGGAUCAGGCUGUCCGAGUGUUCAUGAUGGGCAAUACUGCACAGGUUAUGCUUAUGUCUUUGAAAUGCGGAGGUGUUGGGUUGAAUCUGACAAGGGCUAAUCGCGUCAUCUCACUGGAUCUUGGCUGGAGCGAAGCAAUCGAAAGCCAGGCGUUCGACCGAGUUCACCGUCUCGGUCAACAGAAAGAUGUCUUCGUGCACAGGUUGGUCAUUGCCAAUACUGUCGAGGAUCGUGUUCUUGCUCUCCAGGAGCGCAAGCGAAACCUUGCGGAUGGUAGCCUUGGUGAAGGCUCCGGAAAGAAGAUUGGCAGGAUGAGUGUCCGUGAACUGGCAAAUUUGUUUGGUCUCGACCACCGAGGCAACCUCCUUUGAUGAGAUGCAUAGGACCGCGCAACCCGAAAUUUUCAAUUAUGUCUGCUUCAUUCUUUUCCUGCUUCUUGUUCCGUUGUAAGAUUGUUCUGGCCGUUAUCAUUAUCCUAAUCCAUCGAAUUUGUAGACUUAUACCUUGCAGAUGUUAUACCUUAGAGCCCGUUGGUCUUUUGCAGUCCUGAGUAAAUAACUUUAACUAUUAGUAGUGUAUAAUUAUCGAAGUUUCAUGUCGCAGUCUACGUAUUUACAAACUAUGUGGAGCUACAAUAGUAGCAGCGUAAUUAACCAAUCCAAAUUGUUCGUCGCUCAAGCUCAUGAAGCCACCUUGU